GUUGUCUCCCAGGCGUUUCCCGUCUCGCAUCCCGUCGCCCCGGUUCCUGCCUCCUCUACCCGGUCGCGGAUGCUUGACCGCUUUCCAACGAGUCAUCGUUGGCUUAUUUUGGUGGAGUGUUGCGGUUUCUAGAGGCUGUCGUAGGAGUGGCGAGGGGGGUUGUGUUGUGUUGUUGUCUGCUUCUCGUUACUGGUCCCAUGUGUUGGCGGAAUGGAGCCGUAUUGUUCCAAAUUCGUGAGCCGUAAACGUGCGUUUUGGUUCUGUGUAACUGCAUUCCUGCGACUGAGGUGUUUUAAUGUUUGCAUUCGUCCCGAAGGUUUCUUGGUCGUGACGAUGAGUCUUAUGUGUUGACAGAAUUGCUGUUGUUAUGUGCCGAUGCGCGUGUUAUGGUCGGGUGAUUUAAUCGGGUAGGGCUGUGCUGUUAGGCUUGGAGUUCGGUGCUUGGAUAUCAUUUCUCUCUCUGUACUGUUGUUAUUCGUAGUUUAAGAAGUGUUAAUGCAUGAGUUGAUGAUGCUUCAUACGCGAUCGUAUAGUCUCGUUCUGGAAACUUUUGUUUCACAUUUGGGGGGGGGGGAGAUCGUGUCACAUGAUUUCAGUUGGAAAACUCAUUGGUGUUGGAAGAAGUUUAGACGAGGAGGAUGUGUGUUUGACUUGUGGGAUGCGAUGUCGAGGAUGGAAUCGUUGAUGGUUUUUACUCGGAACUAGCAGGUGUGUUGAAAGGCUGUUGCCAAUUUUUGAUAUGGGAGCAGCCUGAGGCAUUGCUAGCUGUGCACGAAGGGGAGCCUGCAGAUGAGGUGUGGAAGCUGUUUACUAAUUGUACGUAUUAAUCAGUAACGGGAGAUAUGGAGCAUGAGAAGCGAGUAUAAAGGAAACAAAUGAUCACAGUGUCUCAUGUGAGUGUAAACAUAGUUCAAGAAUGCCAUCGUGGCUGGUCUGUUCUCCAUAUAAUAGAGCAUCCUUCAUCGGGAGCCCGUGUUGCUGAAUGCAAUGGCUGAUCACAUGGGCCCUCCUCCUGUUGUCUUGGGCCAUCAUUCUUUGGCCGAUGCCAUUGUCGAUGAUAGAGAUCAUCAUAAUCACACGGGAAGUGAAAAUGGCGUAGUGUUUGGGGACCGUCGAAAGGGAGAUGGAUUCAGGAAAGGUAGGAUCUACAAGAAAGGAAAUUGGACUUCAGCGGAGAUCCUGGUGUUGCAGGCAGCUAGAAGGGAAGACUUUGAAAGGGUUCGUAGAGGAAACUUGAAAGAAAGGCACAAAUCAGCUCAAGAGAGGUGGAAGUGGAUAGAGGAUUACAGCUGGAGCCAAGGAGUUCAUAGAAGUGCUCAACAGUGUCAAGACAAGUGGGAGCUAUUGGUGUCAGAAUUCAAGAAAGUGCACGAUUACGAAAAGAGUCUCCCUGAAGGUCAGAAGUCUUAUUGGGACAUGUCCAAGGAAGAGAAGAAGAAGACAGCUAUGCCUCCUAACUUCUACAAGGCGGUUUACAACGCUUUAGUAGAGUGGUACAGCAAAAGCCGCCCGGCAGAUCCAGGGGAGCUAGACUCAUCAGGGCCGCUUCGUCAUACUGGUGCGUCUCAUAGAAGUCACAGCAUUCAGGUGGUCAGUGACGCUGAGUUCUCCAUCCCGGAGGAUUCGGAUGCUGAGGGUGACCCUGAAUCUUUGUUGAGAAAGCGAAAGAGAAAGACCUCUUUAUAUCCGCCGACAGAGGAUUAUGGUCUGGCUUGUAUCCUGAAGAUGAACAAUAAAAGGGUCAUAGAUGCGAUGAUGGAAAGUGAGAACCGCAAAGAUAAACGCCACAGGGAAGACAUGGAUAUGGAGAAGAAGAAGCUUGAUUUUGAAAGGGAGAAGUUUCGAGGGACGAUGCAGUUGGGAGCAGGUUACAUUAAUGCUCUUAACAGCAUUGGCGAUGGCCUGAAGCAACUUGGAGCAGUCCUCGCUGCAACUGGCCAAGCCUGAGAUUAACGAGGGCAAUUUAUUUUUGUGCCUAUCGAGUGGCUUAGGUUUUCUAUCGAAUCCAUUCGAUGUGACAUGAGUUGAAAAUUUAAAACCUUGAAAUUAGUAUCCCAUCCAGCUGAGUUAUUCAUGUUUAUGGCAAAGUCUUCUAACAAGAAUCAGAUAUGCAGUUGUGCAAUUGUCCACUUGCACUCUGACCUGGGAGUCAAGCAUGUGUUUGCUUAUUAGCGCGAUAAACAUACUGACUGCUGUGUGGCUGAAACAGAGGGCUGGGUUUCUUCAAGCUUUUAUACAGGUUUGUUAUAAAGGAGUUAGGUGUAGUUUGUAUAGAUAGUAGAUCCAUUCGACGAGCUGCAUUACCGCCGUAUACCCUCAAGGGGUGUGGGCACAGAAAGGAAAAUUGGGAGUCUGGACUUGACCCCUACCUCAGGUGAAUCCGUCAGGAUUGGCACUGAACGUGUUCAAGAGGAUUUUUGUAUGUCAUAAUAUAGCUCUCAUGUACUUCUGGCGUUGUACAUACAGCAGCUUUAUCCCUACGUUUUUAUUUAUUUAUUAUUCAUUUUUUCUUAAA